AUUGUUGUGAUAAACUUAUUAAAUAGAUGAGAUGUUUUUUGUAUGUUGAUUGUGACCUGUUGACAUGAGUCCUCGCAGGUACUACUCUCGUAUCUGCUACUCCUGCUUGUGUGGAGGAGGCAUUAGGGCUCCACUCAUCUCAAAUCUCACGCCAAGUCACAAUGUCUCAAGAACAGUGGCUUCAUUUUCCAAACACUCUAAGAAAGAGAGCAAGCGGGAGCAGCAUAUCACAUCACAUGUGGGGGAGAAGCUGAAGAUAGACUACCUGGCCACUGACCAGGUGCAGUCGGGGGAGAUGGUGCGCAGACUGUGGUCCCGCAUCUGGCCACACGGCAAUUGGGACAUCAAGAAGAGGGUGAUCGUGUCAGUGGGGCUGCUGCUGGGAUCCAAAGUGCUGACAGUUCAGGUUCCCUUUCUGUUCAAGCAUGCGGUCGACUACCUGAACGAGAACGCACUCAACUUCAGCACGGCCUCCAAUUCCUUUACCACAGUCACAAUAUCACUCCUUGUAGGAUACGGAAUAGCUCGAUCGACAGCCUACGGAAUGAGUGAGUUGCGCAAUGCCAUCUUUGCAACUGUGACCAACACCUCAAUCAGAGACAUCGCGAGGAGUGUAUUUGUUCAUCUGCAUAAUCUAGACCUCCAAUUCCACCUUGACAAACAGACAGGCGCGCUAUCCAAAGCUAUCGACAGAGGCACAAGAGGAAUCAACUUUAUUCUGAGUGCUCUUGUGUUCAACAUAGUACCAACAAUCUUCGAAGUGUCCUUAGUCAGCGGCAUUCUAUGGUACAACCUUGGGCCGGAGUAUGCAGCCGUAUCAUUGGCCACCAUAGCUUCAUUCGUGGGGUUCACUUUUGCUACCACCGCAUGGAGGACUAAGUUCAGAGUACAGAUGAACAAAGCAGACAAUAAAGCACAGAGCCACUGUAUUGAUUCGCUCAUUAACUACGAGACAGUGAAGUAUUUCAACAACGAGGUAUUCGAGGCUGAUAACUACGCCAAGAUUCUGAAGAAGUACCAGGUGGCCAGUCUAAAGAGCAGUCAGUCGCUGUCCUUCCUCAACUUCGGACAGAACCUCAUAUUCAGUGUGUCCAUGGCCUCCAUGAUGUCACUGGUCGCUCACGGAAUCAUACAGGGAAACUUCACUGUUGGAGAUCUGGUGAUGGUCAAUGGCUUGUUGUUCCAACUGUCCCUACCACUUAACUUCUUGGGAACAGUGUACAGAGAGGUUAAGCAGUCCCUUCUGGACAUGGAAACACUUUUCAAUCUACAGAGAAUAGAACCCAGUAUAAAGAACAAAGAACACGCACCGCCGUUAAUCAUAUCACGCGAACAAGCCAUGGUGGAAUUCGACAAUGUGACUUUUGGCUACAUACAAGGCUCAGAUCCAAUCUGCAACAGGUUGUCGUUCGUAGUACCGUCCAACAAGAAAGUUGCGUUCGUUGGAGGCAGUGGUUGCGGCAAGAGUACCAUCAUCAGACUGUUGUUUCGAUUCUAUGAUCCCUGGAUGGGAAGAAUAUUAAUUAAUGGUCAAGAUAUUCAAGACGUAGAUUUAAACUCAUUGAGAACGAAUCUAGGAGUCGUGCCUCAGGAAACGGUGCUAUUUCACAAUACGUUAGACUAUAAUAUCCGAUAUGGGAGCGUAGAUUGUUCAGACGAAGAAGUGGUUCGUGCUGCUGAAUUGGCUAACUUACAUCAUACUGUGAGGACAUUACCAAAUGGUUAUCAAACGGAAGUAGGCGAAAGAGGUCUCAAGUUGUCAGGCGGCGAGAAGCAGCGAGUGGCAAUUGCGAGGUGCAUGUUGAAGAAUCCUCCAAUUCUGCUGUUUGACGAAGCCACUUCAUCUCUAGACAGCAUCACAGAACAUAGCAUCAUGCAGGCGAUUGAGCAGUUUUCGGCCAGUCGCACUUCUCUGUUUAUUGCACACAGACUGUCCACCAUCGCGGACUCUGAUGAGAUCAAUGUGUUGAGUGGGGGCGGGAUAGUGGAGACAGGCAGCCACCAGUCUCUCCUGAUGGAUGACUCGUCCUAUUACUCUAAACUGUGGCACAGCCAACACUGAAAUCAAUGAAACUCCAAUAAUUAAAAAAAAUUAUUAUAUUGAAUUGAUUAUUUUGCACACCAAUUGAAAAGCAGCGAAAAGAUGUGAAUGGCAUGAUGAUUUUUUUGGAGCAUCAUGUUUCUAAUAUCAGACUUUGAGUUCUUAUUUCGAUGGUUUUUCUAGGAUCUGGUCUCAUGAUUCCCAUCCAUUCAUAACCUAGAAAACGCAAACAAAAGGAUUAAAACCAUGCCAAAAUACUUGCGAAGAGUUGCUGCAAAAAUUGGCAUUGAAAACUGGAGAAGUGAGCUGCUUUUUAUUGUUCAGUCAAAAUGGCAAAACGGACUGAAACAAAGAAUUUGUACAGAUUUUGAAUUGUAUUUGAGUAAAUAAUGACCUAAAUUGAAUACAUUUUAUUUCAGUUCGAA